AUGGUGGGGGAUGGUGGGGGCUUGAUUGAUUGGGCGGGCAACUGGUCGGCGGCCGCUGUCGCUGUUGCGGUUGCGGUUGUGGUUGUGGUUGUGGUUGUCAAUGCCGCUAAUGCUGCUAAUGCUGCGAAUUCUACAGCCACUCUGAGCUAUACCCGAGAGUCAUACUACCCGGUCGAACAGGGGGAGAUCAUGAAUGGUAGGUAUCAGGUGAUCUCUAAGAUCGGCUACGGUAGUUCCUCGACCGUCUGGCUGGCUCGCGAUUUUGUCGAGUCGACCUACGUCGCCCUCAAGGUCUUUACAUUGAAUCAACGGACGGGAAAUGAAGUCAGCGUCUACAACCACAUCCAAUCCACCGGGACCGACCACCCCGGCCAGAAGGAUAUCCGCAAACUCCUCGAUCAUUUCUUUCUUCAAGGCCCUAACGGUCGUCGCGCCUGCCUGGUCCAUGAACUCUUCGGAAUGAGCGUGCUCGAGCUAGAUACAAUCGGACAUAAUCUUGGUGUCAUAGAUCCCGCACCAAGACUUGAUCAAGCCAAGCCACUGAUCCGGCGAGUCUUGUAUGCCUUAGACUAUCUGCAUCGGGCAGCUGAAGUGAUCCAUACUGGUAAUGUUUCGACCUCCCUCACCCCAAUGAGAAAUCUACUUUUCCCUGCAGCUUCUCAAGCCAGAAUGUCUAGGUACGAGGAAAAUAUGAUCAAAAACCCGCCGUCACGGAAAAUCCUCCAAGAUCGAACCAUCUACGCCACCAGAUUGUUUCCUACAGAAGACGGACUCCCCGUGCUGUGCGAAUUCGGAGAAGCACGAUUCGGCGACAAGCACAAUUGCGGGAUGAUCAUGCCGGACUUACACCGCAUCCCAGGGGUUAUUCUGGUCUUUCCGAGCUGGGACUACAAAGUUGACAGCUGGGGGGUGGGGAUGUUGGCUUGGGAUUGUAUCAGUACUCGCCCGUUGAUCUCGAAUCAUAGGAGGGACGAUCAUUGGGACGAUGGCGCCCACGUCGCGGAGUUGGUCGCUCUUCUCGGGCACCCCCCUCGCGAAUUCACACGCCGCGGAACCCAUGGCCAUAUUUUCUGGGAUGAGAACGGGAGCUGGACAGACUUGGUCACUAUCCCGGACCGAAGUCUCGAACAAGCCGCGGCCGAUAUCGAAGGCGAAGACCCAGAGGAUUUUCUGCCGUGGUUGCGUCGAGCACUGCAGUGGGAUCCCAAAGACCGUCCUACGAUCUGGGAUCUGUUCAUGGACCCAUGGCUGAUGAAGGGGAUGAGAGCGCGGAGAGAUGACCAGGCCUUGAAGGACUAUCCGGAUAUCGUUGAGGUGGUUGAGAUCAUCGACUGAUUCGGUGGUCG